AUGGCGUCGGAUUCGAAGAGUUAUGUUAACCUGGGCGGCUACCAAAUUCCGAAGACAGUGUUCGAUGGGCUGAGCCCUAUGGAGAGGCACAAACUGAUGAUGUCCUUGCACUCUCUACAGAAGACCAAAAUGGAAAGUGACCAGGGGAAGUACCUGGACGACUAUGACGUAUUGAAGAAAAAGUACCAGUUUAUUCACGACGCGGACAACGAAAAUAACUCCCUUCUGCAAAAGUACUACAAGAGCAUAUGCAACAAAUACGUCGUCUGCUAUUUGAGUGAAUACAAAGAGAAAAAGAUUGGCCUGAGGUGGAGGACGGAAGAUGAAAUUGUGAGCGGGAAGGGACACAUGAUUUGUUCCGCCAACGAUUGCAACAACACGGAUUUGAAGACGUACGAAUUUCUCUUUCGCUAUGACGAGGGGGGCAUCCAGAAGGAGACGAAGGUGAAGCUGCGGGCCUGCAUGGAUUGCGCGUAUAAGAUUAAUUACGGAGAAAUUAAAAAGUACCUCAAAAAGAAGUCCAAGCGGAAGGGGAAGGGCGGCGAAAGUGGGAGAAGUAGCAGCGAAAGCGAAAAUAGCAGCAGUGAAAGUGAACGUAGUUGUAGCCGCAAACGUGGAAGUAGACGAUAA